AUGGCAGCUAAUGCUCAGCAGGGAGCGCCGUCAGGGGGUCAGGCGAUCCCUGGGUGCAACUUUGUGUCACAAGAUAGAGUCUGGAGAGACCGUGUGCAAAGUGAGCUUGAUGCAAGCCAACAGUGGCACAGAAACUGGAACUUUCUAACCACAGAUUACGAAGAGCUUGUCAGGGAGCAAUUUCCAAAUCGGAACCCUGACAAAUCAAAACGCCAAACUGCCAAGAACAAGCUGAAGGAGCUGAUUUCAGUUCGCCCUACCACGCCAGUUGACCAGUAUAUUACCGUACUUCCAUCCACAAAACCAGUACCUAGAACUACAGCAGGCGAAGUAGGCUGGCGUUCAGGGGACCCGCUCCUUUCACUGGACAAGUAUGGUAGUUACGCAAGACCUUGCGGCAGCAUCUUGAAACAACUAAACUGGCCCCGUGAUGCAAUAAAUUAA